AUGGACUAUGCAGCCAUGCUUUUGGACAUGUUUAACUACAGGUCGGACUUUCUAUUCCAGCAGUCCCGCGACUACACGGAGUGUGCUGUCCAUGGUGCUGAAAACAUUCGCCAGUUUGUGGCUGCAAAUGACCCAGACUGGAGACAGAACGGGACUGUACUGUACUCUCUGGUACCCAGUGAAGUCAAUGGGGUCCCAGUGUCCUUGUUUCUAUCUAUUAAUGGAGAUACAGGGGUGAUUCAUGCUGUAAGAUCAUUUGACUAUGAGCAGUUCAGAAACUUCACUGUCAAAGUUGUUGCCAGAGACAAUGGAUCUCCACCGCUCAGCAGUAACGUGACUGUGAAAGUCUUCAUAACAGAUGAGAAUGAUAACUCUCCACAGAUCUUAUACCCUGUUCAUGAUGGAAAGUCUUUAAUGACUGAAAUGAUCCCUAAAGCGACUCUCUCAGGCUCUCUGGUGUCCAAAGUGAUCGCUGUAGAUGCUGACUCUGGACAGAAUGCAUGGCUGUCCUAUCAGAUUGUCAAAUCUACUGAUCCAGGACUGUUCACUAUUGGUCUCCAUAGUGGAGAGAUCAAAACACAACGAGACAUUUCUGAAUCUGACAAUAUGAAGCAGACCCUUGUUAUUUCGGUGAAGGAUAACGGACAGCCCUCUCUGUCUACGACCUGCUCGCGCACCAGUGACUUUAAGUUUGUGAGCUCAUAUCAUGAAAACACACUUCCUGCUUGUGGGACUCUGAUGAAGAGAGAUAUACGUUAUUCCUUUCUAGAGGAAAUGAAGCGAAGGUCAGUGGUCGGCAAUAUUGCGCAGGAUUUAGGAGUCCAUAGGAAUACAUUUACAUCACGGAAUCCUAGGAUUGAGUUUGAUGGAAGAAACCGCUACAGUGAAAUCAACGCGCAUAAUGGUGAACUGGUUAUAAAUGAAAGGAUUGACCGAGAAGAGCUAUGCGGACAAAAACCUUUGUGCACAUUAACUUUUGAUAUCUUCAUGGAAAACCCCCUUGAACUACACCGUAUAACUCUGGAGAUUCAAGACAUAAACGACAACAACCCGACCUUCCCCCACAGUGAGGUAAAAUUAGAUAUCUCAGAGUUUACAGUUAAAGGGUCCCGAUUUUUCAUCGACGAAGCUGCGGACCCAGACAGCGGAAUAAAUUCAGUACAAGGUUACAGACUCUCAAAUAACCCGCAUUUCAAAUUAGCUGUACAGACUAGCGCCGAAACUGGGAAAUAUGCAGAAAUAGUGUUGGAGCAUGAACUGGACCGUGAGACAAAAGGAGAGCAUUCCUUGAUAUUGUCUGCAGUGGAUGGGGGAAAUCCUCCUAAAUCUGGAACUGUUGUUAUUGAAGUGUUCGUGAUAGACGUGAAUGAUAAUGCACCAGUAUUUUCGCAGCCUUUGUACAACACUCGUUUAUUCGAAAAUGCAGCACUCGGAACGUCUGUCAUCAAAAUUGUUGCGACCGAUGUGGAUGAGGGCGCAAAUGGACAAAUAACGUAUUAUAUCAAUCACCUAUCUGACAACACAAAAGAAUUGUUUAAAAUUGACGAAAAUUAUGGAGAAAUAUCUGUAAUUGGACAGAUGGACCACGAGAAGUCCUCGUCGUACGAGAUGGAAGUGCAGGCGGAGGACGGUGGAGGUCAGACAGGCCACUGUAAAGUUGUUAUUGAAAUAGAUGACAUAAAUGAUAACACGCCUGUUAUAUCAGUAAAGUCUCUGAAAAACCAAAUCCCAGAAAACAUCCCACCCGGUUCAGAGAUCGCUGUAAUAAACGUGAAGGACCAAGAUUCCGGUGAAAACAGCCGGGUUAGUUGUUCCAUUUCUUCAAGUCUGCCAUUUCAACUACAGCCGUACAUCAAGUCUUAUUUCAUUAUCACUACAACUCGUUCGCUUGAUCGGGAGCAAAUCGAAAAUUAUAAUGUAACAAUAACAGCAACGGAUGGAGGUACACCCCCCUUAUUCUCGAAUCUAACUCUGAACAUACAAGUUUCAGACAUCAACGACAACUCCCCUACAUUUGAGUUACAGACAUAUGCUGUUUAUAUAAGUGAAAAUAACAAACCAGGCACUUCUGUUUGUUCUGUCAGUGCAAAUGACCCAGACUGGAGACAGAACGGGACUGUACUGUACUCUGUGGUUCCCAGUGAAGUCAGUGGGGUCCCAGUGUCCUCAUUUCUAUCUAUUAAUGGAGAUACAGGGGUGAUUCAUGCUGUAAGAUCAUUUGACUAUGAGCAGUUCAGAAACUUCACUGUCAAAGUUGUUGCCAGAGACAAUGGAUCUCCACCGCUCAGCAGUAACGUGACUGUGAAAGUCUUCAUAACAGAUGAGAAUGAUAACUCUCCACAGAUAUUAUACCCUGUUCCUGAUGGAAAGUUUUUAAUGACUGAAAUGGUCCCUAAAGCGACUCUCUCAGGCUCUCUGGUGUCCAAGGUGAUCGCUGUAGAUGCUGACUCUGGACAGAAUGCAUGGCUGUCCUUCAAAUCUUCCAAAUCUUCUGGUCCGGGACUGUUCACGAUUGGUCUCCAUAGUGGAGAGAUCAAAACACAUUCUGAAUCUUCUGAAUCUGACAAUAUGAAGCAGAACCUUGUUAUUUCGGUGAAGGAUAAUGGACAGCCCUCUCUGUCUACGACCUGUGCUGUAAAUUUACUAAUUUCUGACAACCUUUCUGAAGUUCCUGAACUUAAAGAUAUGACUUAUGAGGACAACAACUCUAAACUGACGUCAUAUUUGAUCAUUGCAUUAGUUUGCGUGUCCACCUUCUUCCUGACGUUCAUCAUAUUGAUCGUGGCAGUGAAGUUUUGUCACAGGAGAAAGCCCAGACUGUUGUUUGAUGGAGCAGUUGCUGUGCCCAGCGCCUAUCUCCCUCCCAACUAUGCAGAUGUGGAUGGAGCAGGAACUCUCCGCAGCUCUUACAAUUAUGAUACAUAUCUAACCACAGGCUCGCGCACCAGUGACUUUAAGUUUGUGAGCUCGUAUCAUGAAAACACACUUCCUGCUGGUGGGACUCUGAAAAAGGAGCACAAUAUUUAA